AUGGACAGACUGACCCAGAAGGAGCUCGACUGUCUCCUCGCGCUCCGCGACCUGAAACUUGGUGGCGCCGUUCAGGACGUGGACACAGCUCCGGUGACCAACAACAGCGGUCACACUGGCCAAGGCCCGGAAGUGGUCGAGCCUGUUCCCAUCCAAAACAAGACUAUCGCGUCGUCGCUUACGAUGAGCUCUGCCCGAGGUGGCGACUCGAAGUGUACCAUUCAAAGCUUCUUUGGGGCUCGGGUCAGUCCAGUCAGUGCCGCGGAGGGAGUCCCGAGGGAUCAUAAGGACCCCAUUGCUCAAGUUGCCGGUGAGUCCGACGAGGACGAUAAGAACGAGGAGGAACGUCUCAAUGAGAUGGUUGGUGCUGAAGCUCCCAACCCGAUCACAAACGAGGAGCUGUUGAGGACUCCAGCCACAUAUGCUCGCUCCUGCUGCGACGGUCGAGGUGUUCUACGAGGUGUUCUACGCAAGGAGGGCGAAGACUGA